AUGGCGGCCCUGCCUCCUGGCCUGCCGCAGCUUCUCGCCAGCUGCCAUGGCCUCGCGCGCAUGGGGGAGACACUGGUGGGGGAUCCCCUAGAUCAGAAGCUGUUUGCCGCCAGCGAGUGGGACCUGCACGAUCACGACGAAGCGACCACCCACUCGGCAGCCGCCGCCGACGCCAUCGCGGCGGCGAUGCAGCAGCAGCAGCAGCAGCAGCAGCAGCAGGACGGCGGCGCCGCCGUCGCCGCGGCCGGCCCCGCGCCGCCGGCCCUGGGCUGGGUCUGCCCGCCCGGCGCGGCCGGCGCGGUCGGCGGCUUCGACCCCUCGGCGGCGGCGGCGAUCGUGCGCCGGUUCGAGUUCAGCAGCGCUCUGCAGCGGAACCUCGUGGUGGUGCGGCGGCCGGCGGCGGUGGGAGGCGGGUACGCGCUGUAUGCGAAGGGGUCGCCGGAGAUGAUCAGGACGCUGGUGGAGCCGGGGAGCGUGCCAGAGGACUUUGAUCGCGUGCUGGGGGAGUACACACGGGAGGGCCUCCGAGUUCUAGCCCUCGCCGGCGGCGAUGCCAGCGGCCUGCCCCCCGCCGCCCUGUCCAGCAGCAACCAGCAGCAGCUCGAGGCGGCCGUGCCCCUCCGACUUCUGGGCCUCGCCGUCCUGGCCAACCCCCUGCGCCCCGACACAGCCGGCGUGAUCGAGGUGCUGCAGAAGGCCCAGAUCCGGUGCGGCAUGGUGACCGGGGACCACCUAAGGACCGCCAUCAGCGUGGCGCUGCAGUGCGGGGUGCUGCCGGCGGCGCGGCCGGUGCUGCUGGUGGACGGAGAGGGCGGCGGCGGCGGCCUGAGCCGGGCGACGGCGGGGCCGCAGCCGCGCCCCAGCCUCACAACCUGCACCUUCUUGUGA